AUAGUGAGAAAAAAGAGAGGAGAAACUCGCGCAUUCUGAGCGAGAGGGGGGAGGGGAAUCCCGCAGCACCAAUGUCGACGGCGGCGACGGGAGAGAGUGAGGCGACGCGGCGGAAGAAGAAAAAGCCGAAGCACGUGGAGGUGGGGAUGGCUCAGUCGCAAUCUCCCCAUGCCUCCGAACCCCUCCCUACCGCCCCAUUCCUCCAAACCCCAGCCCAAUCCCCCGCUCCCGGAACCCCAAUCCCGCAAGAGAUGGCGGCGGCGGCGGCGAUGAGGAAGGAGAGGAAGAUUUGUAAGGAGAAGAAGGCGGCCUCGCUGCUCCUUCCCCCACAAUAUAAUUUGAAGGAGGGGGAGGCGGAGGCCCGGAUGGCGUCGAUGAAGAAGAAGCAAAGGCGGAAGGAGCGCAAGCACGCGGAGAUUAUGCCGUCCUCCGCCGCUAAAACCCCAAUCUUGCAGCAGGAGGAGAAGGUGACAAAGAAACGGAAGAGGAGGAUGGAGCAGGAGCCAUCCGGCAACUCGCCGUUGCCACUUCACCCCGGCGAUGCCUGUAACUCAUUCCUCCAGUCCCCCGCUCCCGAAAUCCUAACGUUGGCAGAGGCGGCGGCGAUGAUGAGGAAGAGGAAUAUGCAUAAAGAGCAGAAUCUUCCUUUUGCCCCAAAUCCUACCUUAGAGGAGCAAGGGGAGAAGGAGAAGAAGGAGCGCAAGCGUGUGGAGCAGAUUUUGCUAUCUCCUUCUACAUCUGUUGCUGCUGAAACCCCGAUUCAGGAGCAGGAGGUGAAUGUGAUAAAGAAACAGAAAAGGAGGAGGGGCCAGGAACCAUCCGGCAAAUCACAGGAGCCAUUAGACAGUUCGCCAUUGCUACUUCACCCCGGACAUGUCUCUGAGCCCCUACUAGCUGCCUCACUCCUUCAGUCCCCCGCUCCCGAAAUCCUAACAUUGGAAGAGGCCACGGUGAUGAUGAGGAAAAGGAAGAUUCAUAAAGAGCAGAAGGUGGAUGCGCUGCCUUUUGCCCAAAAUCCAACCUUAGAGGAGCAUGGGGAGGAUGCCAUGAUGGCGAAGAAGAAGAAAAAGCGCAAGUGCGUGGAGCAGAUAUUCUCAUCUCCUUCAACAUCUGUUGCUACUGAAACUCCAAUUCAGGAGCAGGAGAUGAAGGUGACCAGGAAACAGAAGCAGAGGAUGGGGCUGGAAGCAUCCAGCAACAUGCCGUUGCCACUUCACCACAGUCAUGUCUCCGAGCACCCACUCGCUGUCCCAUUCCUUCAAGCCGCCGCUCCUGAAAUCCUAACGCUCAAACAGGCGGCAGCGAUGAUGAGAAAAAGGAAUAUGCAUAAAGAGGAGAAGGUGGACGCGCUGCCUUUUGCCCAGAAUCCUACCUUAGAGGAGCAGCGGGAGGAGGCCAUGAUGGUGACAAAAAAGAAAAAGCACAAGCGCGUGGAGCAGAUAUUGUCACCUCCUUCAACAUCUGUUGCUGUAGAAACUACAAUUCAGGAGCAGGAGGUGAAGAAACAGAAGCUGAGGAGAAGGCAGGAGCCAUCCGGCAACUCGCCAUUGCCACUUCACCCGCAACUCGCCAUUGCCACUUCACCCUGGCCAUGCCUCUAAGCCCCUACUCGCUGCGCCAUUCCUUCAGUCGCCCGCUCCCAAAAUUCUUACGUUGGGAGAGGCGGCGGUGGCGGUGACGAUGGGGAAGAGGAAGAUGCGUAAGGAGCAGAAGGUGGAUGCGCUGUCUUUUGCUCAAAAUCCUACACUGGCGGAAGAGCAGGGGGAGGAGGCCAUGACCAUGAUGACUAAAAAGGAGCGCAAGCGUGUAGAGCAGAUACUGUCAUCUCCUACAUCUGUUGCGGCCGAAACCCCAAUCCAGGAGCAGGAGGUGAAGGUGACCAAGAAACAGAAGCAGAGGAGGGGACAUGAACCAUCUGCCAAGUCAACAUUACCACUUGACCGUGGCCAGAGUCGCUGUGUUCAAUCACAUGGAGCCAAAGCUCCACCAAAACAAGAUGGAGAGAAUGAUGGCUGCAAGGGUAUUAAAAAAAGCAAUGGCAAGAAACCCCGUGUCCGUGUCCUCAACAACCGUGAGCUCAUCCAGGAGGCAAGAAAGCAGCCGCAGCCGCUGCCCGAAGGCUUUGUGCCGUUCAGCAAUUUUGUUGCCAGUUGCACAGAGCAGAACGCUGACCAUUCAUCGCCUUGCAGUGCAUUCUUUGACCAGUUUCGCUAUAACCCUGUCUGCGAAGAUCGCAAACCCCCACUUCCCAGAACCCCUGAUCGUCUGACCAGGUUGCCACCUCGAGGUUACUCAUCAUUUGAGUCAUCUCAGCUCGCUGCAAAUGAAGUUUCCAGGCCUGACACCACUCUAGCGUCCAAGACAAAGCAGCAAGAUUCAGGUUCAGGAUCACAAGAGAAAGUUAGUGUAGAAGUAAAGGAAAACCCUGAAAACAAGACGAGGGAGAAGAAGCAAAGGAGACUAUCUGGCAAGUCACGAUUGCCAUUUGACUCCAGCCGGACUUGCUGUGUUCAGCUACAAGGAACCAAAGCUCUACCAGAACAGGACCAAGAAACUGAUGCUCCAAAGGUUAACAAUAUUGAAAAAAGUAACAGCAAGAAGGCCCAUGUCUGUGCUCCCAGCAAAUGCGAACUCUUCAAGGAGAUGACAAAGGAGCAGACGCUGACUGAAGGCUUUUUGGCACCCAAAGAUUUGGUUUCCAAUUGCACUGAGCAGAGUCCCAAUUAUUCAUCGCCUUUUGGUGCAUCCUUUGAUCCGUUCUGCUACAGAUCUGCUCGGCAAGAUCUCAAUCCCCAACCUUCUAGAAGCACUGAUCAUCUACCAUUUGAGUUGUCUGAGCUCACUACGAGUGAAACCUCCAACGCUUUCAAGGCUAACAAUUCUGUGCAGUCCAAGUCAAAGAAGAAAGAUUCAGGUUCAAGCUCCACCUCAGGCUCACAGAAGAAACGAAAUGUAAAAGAAAAGACAACCCCUGAGAAGAAGACGAGGAUCAGGAAACCACGACCAGUGUUUACCACUGCUGAGAAGCGCUCAGACAAAUACCGGCGCGUACCCUUGGACCAGCUGGUACCACCGCCACGCUCUCCUCAUAAUCUCUUGCAGGAGAAGUACGCCUCUGACCCGUGGAAGGUUAUGCUCAUCUGCAUGUUCCUCAACUUAACACAGGGUAUACAGGUCAAGAGGAUGUUGGAGGGCUUCUUUGAACGCUAUCCUGACCCUUGGUCUGCAAUUAACGCUGAUCCUGACAAGAUGGCGGAGUAUCUAUCUCCUCUAGGGUUGCAGCAUGUGAAGACACGCAAUAUCAAGAAAUUGUCCAAGCAGUAUGUUGGAAAUGAAUGGACCCAUAUUACGCAGCUUUGUGGCGUCGGCAAGUACGCAGCUGAUGCUUAUGCAAUAUUUUGUGCGGGUAGGGCGAGGGAGGUGGUACCUGAUGAUCACAAGUUAGUUGACUACUGGAACUAUGUCUGCUUUGAGUUGCCCAUGACGCAGAGCGUAGCCAUCGGCUCCUCCCCUGAUCAAAUUCUUGCACGAAGAGGCUGCCCGCGCCCCUCCUCUCGGAGUCCCCUGCUGUGCCACCGCCUGCCCGUUCCCACUCGGUGCAGAUGGAUUAGUCCAGUUCCAGUACAUGUUCAGUGAAGUGCAAGGGGAAGCAGAUGUGGAUGACGCUAUGCAGUCCUAGAUGGGAUAAUUUUGCAGUGUAACUGGGGUUGGUUUUGCAUGGUUCAUGUACCUUGGAUACUCUUGCUCCUUUAGAUUAGUGUUAAGCCUUGAGAUGAUAUUACCUGACAAGCACACUUGAUGGAUGCAGCGAGUUAUGUUUGCAGGUGCCGUCUGUUAGUUUUUUUUAAUGUAUACUAGUACAUAUGCCCGUGCGUUGCAACGGGAGAGUUUUUUUGCGAGAAGCAUCGGAAGAAAUAA